AUGCCGGAGGCACCAAAGAACUCACGUGAUCAGUCGUCGACGACCAUGGCGACGAUGGAUUACAGUCUUACUGAGAAAAACAAGAAAUCUCUUCAAUUCAUAGAAGAUGUCACCUCGAAUCCCGACGAUGUCCAGCUUCGAAUUCUUUCUGAUAUCCUGACCCAAAAUGCCGACGUCGAAUAUCUCCACCGGCAUGGUUUUUCCGGCCAAACCGACCGUGAAACCUUUAAGAAACUCAUUCCGGUCGUCACCUACGAAGAUCUCCAGCCUGAUAUCACUCGUAUCGCCAAUGGAGAUAAAUCCCCCAUUCUCUCUUCUCAUCCCAUUUCAGAAUUCCUAACAAGUUCAGGGACGUCCGGGGGGGAAAGAAAGCUGAUGCCCACCAUUGAAGCUGAGCUUGAAAGAAGGUCUUUACUGUACAGUCUUUUAAUGCCGGUUAUGAACCAGUUUGUUCCUGGUUUAGAUAAAGGAAAAGGGAUGUAUUUCUUGUUCGUUAAGUCCGAAGCCAAGACUCCGGGUGGGCUUUUAGCCCGACCCGUUUUAACCAGCUACUAUAAAAGCAACCAUUUCAAAGAGAGACCUUACGACCCGUAUACCAACUACACCAGCCCGAAUGAAGCCAUUCUUUGCCCCGAUUCAUAUCAGAGCAUGUAUUCCCAGAUGCUUUGUGGGUUGUGUCUGAAUCAACAAGUUCUUCGAGUCGGUGCGGUUUUCGCUUCCGGGUUCAUUCGUGCGAUUCGGUUCUUGGAGAAACACUGGUCGAUUCUCUGCGAAGAUCUCCGGACCGGAACUGUGAACCCGGUGAUCACCGACCCGGUGGUUCGGGAAGCGGUGUUGCGGAUCUUGAAACCAGACCCGGAGAUGGCGGAUUUCGUGGCGAAUGAAUGCUCGAAGCAGUCGUGGCAAGGGAUCAUCACGAGGCUGUGGCCGAACACGAAGUACGUCGACGUUAUCGUCACCGGAACCAUGUCGCAGUACAUACCGACACUCGAUUACUACAGCAACGGCCUCCCGCUCGUUUGUACGAUGUAUGCGUCUUCCGAAUGCUAUUUCGGUGUCAAUCUGAACCCUCUUUGUAAACCUAAUGAAGUUUCGUAUACCCUAAUUCCCACCAUGGCUUAUUUCGAGUUCCUUCCUGUAAAUGGCGAUCAAGAACAGCAACUCAUCGAUCUUUCCGACGUGAAACUCGGCCAAGAUUACGAGCUCGUUGUCACCACUUACGCCGGUCUUUAUAGGUACAGAGUUGGUGAUGUAUUACGAGUUGCAGGUUUCAAAAACAAAGCUCCACAAUUCAGUUUCAUUUGUCGAAAGAACGUAGCUUUAAGCAUCGAUUCGGACAAAACCGAUGAAGUCGAACUUCACCAAGCCAUCGAGAAAGCAUCGAGCCAUUUGGUCCCAUUUGAUGCAACCCUAAUCGAAUACACCAGCUUUGCGGACACAACCACCAUCCCGGGCCACUACGUCAUCUUCUGGGAGCUAAACCAAAACGGGUCGGCCCAGAUUCCACCAUCGGUGUUUGAAGAUUGCUGUUUCGCCAUCGAAGAGUCUCUGAACAGCGUUUACCGGCAAGGACGAGCCUCCGACAAGUCGAUCGGACCACUCGAGAUCCGAAUCGUCGAAAACGGCACUUUCGAUAAACUAAUGGAUUACGCAAUCAGUUUAGGCGCUUCGAUUAACCAGUAUAAAACACCAAGAUGCGUGAAAUUCGCCCCGAUUAUCGAGCUCUUGAGCUCGAAGGUCGUGGCGAGUUACUUGAGUCCAAAGUGUCCGAAAUGGGUUCCGGGCCAUAAACAGUGGAACAAGAACAACGUAGAUGAUCAGUAA